UUUCUCACAGAAGUGACAGAUUCACGGGCUGUUUCUUGACACUUCAAAGAUAAAUUUAUGGUACUUGUUUUACGUGCAGAGAUGUCGAAAAUACCAUUACUAAUAUCUCCAAGAAGUUCGUCGGUUCCCGCAUUACCAACAGCUUUGUCAGCAUGUUUAGUCAAACCUCGUGCCGGAGGUUAUGUUUCACUUGAACCCUCUCACGAAAGCGAAAACAAGGCAACGCACUCCCGUUCGAGAGGUUUACGCAUAAAUGAAUGUCUAAAAGAUCCGGUGUUUGGUUUGAAAAAGUCCAAAGUACAUCUAGAAGAAUGCGAUGAAAUGCUUGCUGUUACAAUUAGCUGCGUAAUGAUGAUGGCCACAGACGCAACCGAUAUUCCAGACGAGUAUUUCAUAUGGGCAGAUAAUUAUUUGUCUCGAAUUAAAGAUAAUUUAGGAAAAAAUCCUCCAAAUGUCAAAGGUAUUUUGGACCACAUCGCAUUACUACGACCGGGUUUAGUACAUGCCGUAGUAGGAACGUGCGUAUGCGAUGAAGAUAUCGUAACGGAAGCAAACGUCGCUGAAGAAGACACGGCAACGGAAUCAAAUACCGCAGCAGAAGGAGAUGAUGGGGACACUGAAUCAGAUAUUAUUGCAUAUGACGAACGAAGACCAAGUCAUGUUAUAGAAGCUGAUGAAGAUAUUACCGAGGAAGGGGAAGGCGAAGCGUAACUUUUAACAUUUAAAGUAUCUGCGCCAACAUAAAAUGAAAUAUUUAUAAACAAAGGUUGCUCCAUUUUAGGUAUGUCAAUGUCAAACUUCGCAAUAAAUUUUCGUGGUUACAAAUACAUAUUUAAUAUUCAUGGAAUCCUUAGAAAAUAUAAGAACUCCCAAGGAAUAUACUCCGAUUCCAUACACGUUUAGAUUACCAAAUGACAGUACCGUAUACCCAGAUCAUACUUUAGCUGUCGUAUGGAGUUUAUUUUCGGAAAAACCAACGGAAAAACCACUUGGUAUGGGCAAUUGGUUAGUAGUAAAAUAAACAUAAAGAUUUAGGUGUAGCGCAGAUUCAGUGGGCAUUGUCAUUUUUAAAAGGAAUUAAAAAUACAAAGGGAGAUCCUCCGCCCGAUAUAUUCGUAUGUAUAGAAGUUAUGGAAGAAGCAUUAAUCAAACAAUACGCAGAUAUGGCCGACGCAAUGAAAUCCUUAAAACCUAACGAGACAGUGUCAGCGUCAGCUGUAAGUCAAACCACCCCAAGUAAAAUUUUACAAGAGCAAAAAUCAUUUUCCAUCAACUAUACCGAAAUGGUCAAAUACAAGGGGACUCCAUCAGAACGUACACUUGUGCCGACGCCAGAUAGCAACGAACUGAGCGCGAUGGAAAAAAUCGUAACCAGUACGCCAAACAAGGGGUCGCGUACCAACAAUGAGGUUGCUCAAUUUCUAAGAAGCUUCAGGAAGGAACAGAUUUCUAAAGUGGAAGAGGAAGUAAAGCGAUUAAAGUGCAUAGAAACGUACAUAAGCAAUAUUGAUAAAUGUGACAUUAAGCCAUGUUUAGAUUCCGCGGAUGUAUUAGCUCUACUGAAAGGAUGCGAUUGCCAAAAAUAAUUAUGGUUUGCGUGUAAAAAAGGUUGUCCUAUAUUACAGGAACAUUUUGAAUCAAUAAA